AUUUCAACAUUUGUUCUCUUUUUUUAACUAUUGUGACUAAAAUAACACAGACAUAGUGACAGAUAGUCAUCUUCUCUGUUGAGUCAUCAAAUGUUCUUCUUUACAGUUCGCCUAAGCCUCCAUGUUUCUUUAAUUGGACAAAGUGAGAUUCUGGACUCCCAGAUGCUUCUUCUUCUCAAAGAGGUCAGUAUGUCUAAAGGUUAUUUCUAAGUAUCUGGAGAUUUUUUUUAUGAUUGCAGCAAAAGGUUAUCAUAACAGCAACGUGAAAAGGUAUUUGCCACAUUCACAUUUCUUCUGUUUAUACUUUUUUUUGUCACAAUUAUAUAAUUCAGAUUGUCAAACAAAUUCUGAUGUCAUCAUGUCAUCAGACAUGAUGUUGAUAAUGUGAUCAUCUGGGACUGCUUUGCUGCUUCAAGACCAGAAAAAAUUGUUAUAAUUGAUGGAACCAUGAAUCUUGCUCUAACAGUAAAUAAUGGAGAAUAUCUAAUCAUCAGAUAAAAACUUUAAGCUCAGGCACUCUUUUGCUGUGCAGUAGAGCAGUAAUCUAAAGUCCACCUACAAAUGGCUCUAAAAAACAACAACAUAACAACAUACUGAAACAUGUAAUGUGACCAAAACGUAAAAAAAGAUUAAAUAUCUAAGGAAAAACACUUUUUUCACAGCACUAUUGUUGCUCUCUCCUAUUCGGUGUAAUAAAGUAAGCAUGUUAAGAUUUUGCAGAAAGAACUGUGAGACAGCCCUUGCAGCACCCACCCAGUCAAUGUUUGACAGGUUCAAAGGCCAAAAACCGGCUCCUUUGUAUUAGUCAAAGUCAAACUAUACAGUUUAUCAUUUGUUCAUUCGUAAACAAUUACGAAACAGACGCAUGGGUGAAAUCUGAAGCUUCACUAACUUAAUCUGGUUUUCCACAUGAAGAAAUCAGCUAGAGUGACAUGUCCAUUUAAUUACAGACCUGGCGUGAGUGGAUUAAAGGAUUAGAGUCAGGAGAACUCAGCAGGCUUUCAGGUCGAACAGCUUUUUGAUCUUGCAGGAAAGUGAAACAUUUCUGAGGAUGUUUUAACAAAAGCAGGUUAAAGUCUACAUUACGAUGACUGUCAUGUUUUGUGUGUCUCUUCUUUCCUUUGAGACCCCUGAUAUCUACAACAUAGGGCAGAAGUCGGGACUCUUCACCAUGAGAGUUGUGAAAGUAAAGAAAGUGAGCGGCAGGAGAUUUCAUCAUCCACCAACAGCCGUCCCACAAGAUUAAAGAAUUUCACAGAAAUCCAUGUAAACAUAACUGGAAUCUUUUCCAUUGAUGCAGUGACCCAGGAAGUGCUUAUGGCUGCUUUUGUAAUGUUUCAUUUAUCUUUGUAGUCCCAGAUUUGAUCUAGUAAUGACAUAGAGCAUGUUUUAGUUCAAAGCUGAAAAACCAGUUGGAUUUGCUGACUGAUUGAACUGCUUCCUAUUAGCUAUAUUAGCUAAUAAAGACAUGGAGCCAUGACAUCUGUUCUUGUUGAUCGUCUAGGAAAACCUAGAGCUCUUCAUUCUUCACUCUGCUCAUAAACCAACACUGCCAAAGUCACCAUUACCUGGGGUUAUAACCAUAUAAUGACCACUAUUCCUGCCUGGCUAGUAAACUGAUUCAUCACUGGAGUGGGGUGUAAAGAGGACAAUGAGAAACCCCAGAACCAACAAUACAGAAGAGCUAAAGGUCAGUAGUGGAGCAAUAUGGGUUUCCUUUACAUUGCAUCAGAGCAGCAAACUGACCAUUUCAAUGCAACUCUGCAUUAACACAGGAACUUGUGUAAAAGGAGCCCACACCAAAAGUAUUUUCUAUAUAGCACAUGGAAAACCUUUUCAUUAAAACAUUUAAAAAGUUUCAAUAAUUUGUUUUGCUUUUAUAUAAUAUUCAAAUGUUCAGAGACCCUGAACAUUUGAAUAUUGCCUUUGUAGUCCCAGACUAGAUCUAGUAAUGACAUAGAGCAUGUUUUAGUUCAAAGCUGAAAAACCAGUUGGAUUUGCUGAGUGAUUGAACUACUUCCUCUUAGCUAUACUAGCUAAUAAAGACAUGGAGCCAUGAAACCCCUCAUUUGAAUUUGGGGUUUUCAUAAGACGUAAGAAUUUACAGAAAUAUGCGCUCAAAAUAUCUGUAAUGAUGUAAAAUGUGUAAUAGAGUUAAGGCGAUAAAAUACAAAAAAACCUUUUCAAUGAUACUAAAAAAAUGUUGAGAUGCAGCAUAUACUUGUGAUUAAAGCAUGAGAAUUACAGAGGAAGCAUUAAAUGCAAAUGUAACUUAAGUAAUUGCAUUUGGCCGUUCAUUAAAGAUUAACCUAAUCACCUUCAAACAAGCCCGUUUACUAUUAGCCCCGCCCAUUGAUGAUAUUAGCCAAUAGAAGCGUGCAGCGAACCUUCGCCCCAUCCCUCCUCAUUGGUGUUCGCUGUGGUCGUGGAGGAAGUUUCUGCUGACGGCCAGUGGAGCAGGUUUCCACGGAUUCAAUGCCUUAUUUUAGUUCAAAAUUAUAAUAAAAAGCAAAUCCGCGCUGCCGUGAUCGCGCGUAAAAUGUCCGUUUUGGAGUCUCUGCCUGCGGAGGAGAGGGAGUUUCAGAAGGCUGUGGCUCAGAUCGGAGGAAAGGAGAGGAUUUAUCUGGUCAGUGAUGUCUGUGGAAGUAAGGAGGUGGACGGAGAUGACGUCGGGAUAUUUCAGGAGUUCAUACGUGACAUGUUUCACAACAGCAGCCCUGACAUCGGCGAAGGACAGCUCCCAUGCUGUGCGCCAAGGGAUCAUCGGGGCGACACUGAAGGCAAGGCAGAGUCCGGAAAAAGCAACGACAUACCUUUAACAGAGAAGCGCAAGGAUUUGGAGGAGGGAGAGAAAGAGAAACGACCGAGGAGCAACCCUCAGAGAACCGCAACCAGGAGGUUUAAUAUUUACAGCUCCAAGCGAGCUAUAGACUCCCCGGUCAUCGUCUUCAUCUUCAGACAGACCUUCAUCAGCAGAACUUCAAACGAGCUGUGUCUGCUGGAGAUCCUGAAGGACGUAAAGGCGCGCACGAAGCGUGGCCCGGUCACCCGGCCUGCUCUGAUUGGAUUAAUACACACCACGCAGGAGAGCGCAGAGACGCAGCGCUGUGCGCAAGUCCUGGAGCUUUUGAUGCGCUCCGUGUUCCGCAAACACUCACCAGACACGAUUUGGGUCAGCUGUUUUAUCCCGAAGACAGAAGACAGAAUCCUGAGCGUCAAGAAAAACACGUGCAAAGCUGUUUACGCUGCAUCCCAAACAGCAGGCGAAGAUGGGAGCCCAGACGAAGGACUCCCUCUGAAAACUGGCGUCUUCGCUGCUGAACCUCAUGUGAAAGCUGCAGUGGACCACUGAUGUUAAUACAUGUGGCCAGCUGUAGACCUAUCACUGUGGACAUCCUCACUGUGGAAGUUCAACAAAAAAAAACAUUAUGUCAUGUAACAGCCUGGUUAUUACAUGAUGCUGAAACUAUGACCACUGAGCCAACCAGACUUCUACCCUGAAAGAUGCUGCCUGACAACUUGUUCUUAAUAAAUAACCUCAAGAUGAUUUACUGUAUCUGUAUAGUUUUACUGUAACACCACAUUAACAGGGUAUUUGAUGAGAUCAACUGAGGUGUAAUACAUAAAUAAGCACAUGUUGAAAUGAGCAACAGAAUAGCUGGUUGUUAGUACAACGAAGUCAACUCUUAUUUUAACAGCCUUGAACCGAAGUGAGCUUUCUUCUUGAAGUCUUUUGUUUUUUACAUGAUACUUUAAUUUAAACACUUAAAUGAUGCACGGCUCUAUAUUAUUCCAUUUUUUUAAGUUUAAUUUGUUGCACUGUCUGAGGUGACACUGUGAACCCAGAAGAGCUCCAUCUGUUGCACAGAAAAUAAAUGACCCAGACAUUUUAAAGGGAUCAUUUUUUUAAAUGCUGUGAAGCAAUGUGAUUUUGUUUAUGCUUUUGCUUUUAUUUUAGUAGAACUUUGUGCCUUAGACAAAGUACUGUUUUAACUAUUGUUUAUCACAGGAACAAAAUGCAACUGUUUAAAGUUUAAGUAUUUAUUUAGAAUGUCAGUUUAACUGUCUUUAUGAAUAAAAAUACUUUAACAU